UCGCUGUUACCACGGUCAACAGCUUCAACUGUUUCUCUUUUCAUAUAAGCCCACCACCACCACACCCCAGCCACGACCAACUGGAACAAGAACAGCGUCAAAGAUAAAUAAUCCAACUUCACCACAACUAUAAAUUGAACGUCACACUCUUUAAACAACUCAGUCGUUAAUACUUACGAGUUGCCUAAAAAAUGUGGUCUAUGAUGACGAGAUAAUAAAAUAUUCUUGCCAAUUUAGAGUUUGUCUUUUAAAAUUUAUUUUCUUUUGUAGUUCUCUGUAGUAUUUUGGAUCUUGAAUUCUAGGGCAAAAAAUGUGGAAUUUAGUGCGUGCUUCUGCGACUAGAUUAAGCCGAUCCAGGCGAUUCUCGACGGCGAUUCCUGGACCUUGUAUUGUUCACAAACGUGGAACUGAUAUUCUUCACGAUCCCUGGUUCAACAAGGAUACUGGCUUUCCUUUGACCGAAAGAGAUCGAUUAGGACUCCGUGGCCUCCUCCCACCUCGCGUGAUAUCAUUUGAGCAGCAGUAUGAUCGCUUCAUGGAGUCGUAUCGAUCACUAGAGAAAAAUACUCAGGGUGAACCUUAUAGUGUUGUAUCAUUGGCGAAAUGGAGGAUCUUGAACAGACUGCAUGACAGGAAUGAAACAUUAUACUACCGAGUCCUUAUUGAUAACAUUAAAGAUUUUGCUCCAAUAAUAUACACUCCAACAGUUGGAUUGGUGUGCCAGAAUUAUUCAGGGUUGUUUAGACGUCCACGUGGUAUGUAUUUUAGUGCGAAGGACAAAGGGGAGAUGAUGUCGAUGAUCUACAAUUGGCCAUCUCAUCAGGUAGACAUGAUUGUCCUGACAGAUGGAAGUCGUAUUCUUGGCUUAGGUGACCUUGGAGUUCAGGGAAUUGGGAUCCCUAUUGGUAAACUGGAUAUGUAUGUUGCUGCUGCGGGUAUCAAUCCACAAAGAAUACUUCCAGUUAUGCUGGAUGUCGGUACUAACAAUCAAAAGCUGCUUGAAGACCCUCUUUAUCUAGGACUUCGGCAACCUAGGUUGGAAGGAGAAGAAUAUUUAUCAAUUGUGGACGAAUUUAUGGAAGCUGUUCAUGAGCGUUGGCCCAAGGCCAUUGUACAGUUUGAGGACUUCCAAAUGAAGUGGGCCUUUGAAACUUUGCAACGAUAUCGGAAAAAAUUCUGCAUGUUUAAUGAUGACAUACAGGGAACCGCUGGUGUUGCACUUGCGGGAUUAUUGGGAACUGUUAGAACACAGGGUCGACCAUUGACUGAUUUUGUGAACCAAAAGAUUGUUGUGGUGGGGGCUGGGAGUGCAGGGCUUGGUGUUCUUAACAUGGCUGUGCAGGCAAUGUCAAGAAUGUCAGGGAACAGUGAAACAGCUGCAAAAAAUCAAUUUUUCCUAAUUGACAAAGAUGGUCUCAUUACGAAAGAGAGGAAGAAUCUUGAGCCAGCAGCACUACCGUUUGCUAAAGAUUCAGGAGAGACUAUGGGGCUUAAUGAGGGAGGUAGUCUACUUGAAGUGGUUAAAAAGGUCAAACCGCAUGUGCUACUUGGUUUGUCUGGAGUUGGUGGUGUCUUCAGUGAGGAGGUGCUUAAGGCCAUGCGAGAGUCUGAUUCUAAGAAACCUGCCAUUUUUGCUAUGUCGAAUCCCACUAUGAAUGCUGAAUGCACUGCUGCUGAUGCUUUUGAUCAUGCUGGGGAAAAUAUAGUGUUUGCUAGUGGAAGCCCUUUCGAGAAUAUUGAUCUUGGAAAUGGAAAAGUAGGCCAUGUAAAUCAAGCAAAUAACAUGUACCUGUUCCCCGGGAUUGGUUUAGGAACUCUCCUCGCAGGUGCUCAUUUUAUAACGGAUGGAAUGUUACAAGCAGCUGCAGAAUGCCUGGCAUCUUAUAUGACAGAUGAGGAAAUCCAAAAGGGCAUCUUGUAUCCAUCCAUUAAUAGCAUUCGACAUAUUACAGCAGAGGUCGGAGCUGCUGUUCUCCAAGCAGCCGUUGCAGAAGAACUUGCAGAAGGACAUGGUGAAGUAGGGCCCAGAGAGCUGAAGCAGAUGUCAAAAGAGGAGACAGUGGAAUAUAUCACUAGCAACAUGUGGUACCCUGUUUACAGCCCUCUGGUUCAUGAGAAAUAAGGCUCCUUUAUUUAGCCGGUUGUACACCAAUGUUGUACAGCCAAUAACAGCAUUCUUGGUUUAUUCUCCCCAUUCCUAAUUUGAAGCCUGAAAUGUAUAACAGCUAGAACGGGGAUUCUCCCAAUCAUCUGCAUUUGUCAUUUCCCUAGAUUAAUUUCAUGUAUAAUCUUUUUCAUUUCAGUGGAGAUGAUGACGCAUUUAAUAUAAAAUAUGUAUUUAAUAUAUUUUUAA